AUGGAGGCAGCGGCGUCUGGCACCUUAAGCGUCCUCCGGGUCGGAGACACGUGGUUGGGCGGGCUCAGGGGUGCUGCGGAGGAGGUCUCACGCCGUGGUUUGGGCCGCGUGGAAGGCCUUUCUAGGGCAGACCGCCGGCCAGAGAAGAACGCGCCGCUGUGCGUCGUCCGGAGCAGCACCCCCGACUUCCCCGACUCGACUCCCUGCGGUCGCCAGAUAGCGAAUCCGCGCAGUCCAGGUCGAGCUGCCAGGAGGAUGCCAGGCGGUGGAGGGCGCGGCGCGUGGCUGGCGACGGGCGCUGUGACCGUAUGUGUGGUCUACGCUGCGUGGACCUACGUCUCAGGCCUGCGCACCCCGGAGGUGCCACACCUGCCUAGACCCCGGGCUGCGGCACCAGCGCGCGGGCGCGCCGGCGAAGGGGAGAAAGCGGGGGCCGGGGAGAUGGACAAGGGAAAGGUGAAAAAGGAGAAGGGAAAGGAACCGGAGAAAGUUCGGGAAAGGGGGAAGGAUCCGGAGAAAGUGCGGGAAAAGAGGAAAGAAGAGGAAAAGGACAAGCACAUCUUGACAAAGCCCCUACUGGAGCCGCCGGACAAAGACAAGCAGAUCCUAGUGUUGGGUCUUGAUGGAGCAGGAAAGACUAGUGUCCUCCACUCACUCGCCUUGAACAGAGUCCAGCACAGCAUGGCACCCACCCAAGGUUUCAAUGAAGUGUGCAUCCACACUGAAGACAGCCAGAUGGAGUUCUUGGAGAUUGGUGGUAGUGAACCUUUCCGUCCCUAUUGGGAAAUGUACCUGUCCAAGGGAUUGCUACUGAUCUUUGUGGUGGAUUCAGCAGAUCACAGCAGAUUACCUGAAGCCAAAAAACACCUUCAUCAACUUAUUGGAACAGAUCCAAUCCUUCCUCUGGUGGUGUUUGCAAACAAACAGGAUCUUGAAACCGCCUAUCGCAUUACAGAUAUCCACGAAGCUUUGGCAUUAUCUGAGGUGGGAAAUGACAGGCAGAUGUUCUUGUUUGGAACCCAAGUGACUGAGAACGGCUCAGAGAUCCCCACCACCAUGCAAGAUGCCAAAGACCUGAUUGCACACUUGGCUGCCGAUAUCCAGCGAGCAGCUCCUCGCGCGCUGUGCGGGCUGGCCAGCUAG